AUGCCACUAUCGGCAUUGGUCGGUGAACGAAUAUUGUGCAUGCACGGUGGUAUCUCACCACACCUUCAAAGCAUUCAGCAGCUAAGAGAGAUAAAGCGGCCAACCGAAGCCACCGGGCCAUCACUGGAAAUGGAUUUGCUUUGGGCUGAUCCAGCGCCCGACGUAACUGGUUUCCAAGCAAACAUGCGAGGUGCUUCAUAUGCUUUCGGACCUGAUAUCCUGGCAACCCUGUGUAAAAAACUUAACAUCGAUAUGGAUGGAUACGAAUUUUUCGGAUCUCGUAAAUGUGUAACGAUAUUUUCGGCACCGCAUUACUGUGGACAGUUCGAUAAUGCAGCAGCGAUGAUGUCGGUUGACCAGAACCUUGUUUGUUCGUUCCAGAUUCUCAGGCCAACCAUAGGCCGAGCACCAACUAAAAUUGUGCCAACUUCCACCGGCACGUGUUAA